AGUGUUUUAAAGGGAUACAGGCAAACACCACAGCCUGUUUCUGCCAACAGGGCGAUGUUUGGGGAACAGCGGUAUCACCCUCCCUUUAGCGUGUAACCUAUUGUGAUCCUCACUCCCCACACCUCCCAGUGAUGCCCCCUGCAUAAGACUUGGCUGACAAAUAGGGCCAGCCAAUCUAUUGGGCAGAGUGAGGGAAUUGCCUCAGGUGCCAUUCCUUUAGCCGUUCCACCUGACCAAUCCCACUAGCAGUUUUUGUAUGCUGGAGAAUGAAGCUGUGUGUGCCACAUGGCCUGUCCUAUUCCAUGAAACUGGUCAGAUGUGGUGGAGGAUGCUGUUCUAUUGCCAAUAUUUAACUGGCAUGCAAGUUAAUUCCUGAAUUUAGAAUGAAUUUAGAAUUUAGAAUGAAUUUAGAAUGUAGGUGCCAUCUUGUUUUUCAUCUCAGGCAGCAAAAUGUCUUGCUGUGACCCUGUUUACGGAAGAGGGCUAUUGUGAAGUUAAAUAAGAAAACCUCACACAAGCCACACUGAGUGCCAUAGCAGUACAGUUAUGUAAUAUUAAAUUCUGGACUUGAUAGUUUUGUGGGAGUAAACGAGGAGGCAGCCCUUUGUCUGAGCAGGAACCAAAACUGAUGGGGUGGGAUGUUCUUCAGAUGGUAAAGCAUACUACUUCAAAACAGGAUAAAUUAGUUCUGUUGUGAUUGAAGGCUUUCCUACACAGUCAGUUGAGCGUGAUCCUGGCCAUCUGCCUCAUAAAAACAAGAGAUGCAGUAACCAAGAUUGUUAUCCUUGCAUUAUACUUGAUGACCAGCAUUAUUAAAUGUUUACAGUCCCAAAUUUAGGUGCCCCAUGCCAACAUUUCUAUAUGAUUCAGAUCCAGAAAGCAAUAGUAUCACUAUGUUUUCCUCAAGAAAUCUGUCUUCUCUCCCCUGUAUAUGUAAGUGGCCCAUUGAGGAUGUAUAUGUAUAGGGAGAGAAUACAUUUCUGGGCCUGUUGGAGGGAUGUGGUAAGGUUCCACAAAGGUUUGAUAUGUGAGAUUAUAUUUUGAAGUAGCAUUGGCAAGCCUGUUGCUAUCGAUUUGGAGUUUGGUCUGUUCUUGUUAACCUUGACACCACCUGCCCUGCCUAUGUCAAUAAUGUUAAAUUCACCCGCAACGUCCUUUUCUGCCUCUUUUCUGCUGAGGACUUCUACAUGAAGGGAAUCCUUGGUCAUAAAUCAACUUUACUCAUUCCUUCCUCCUGCACUUAUAAAGAUGACUGGAACGUGAACUGAGAUGUUUUUGGGAUUUAACCAUAUUUUUUUUCUGGAAAAAAAACCUUGUAUGCCUGUUUUCUUUUGAAUCCCAACUUUAGAAAUACCAGUCCCAUUGGUAGACAGGAUCCUUUAACCCUCACUAGUUGGGCUCAAACUGCAGAUCCCCCCCCCCCCCCCCACAUGUAGGACUUGGCCAUUGCAUUUUGCCUUGUUGACCUCUAGGACUCAAAGAAGAUGCUACGCCACUUGCCUUCUCUGUUCCAAAGGAAGCUUAAAGCCAUUCUUUGCUUUUUCCUCAUUUUGGUUAUCCUGAUACACAUGAUGUUGGAUUUAACGCUGCCUGCUGGCCAUAGUUCCUGUGGGUGUACACCAAAUGUAGCCGGACCCCUGGGUCUCCCUCCACUUAAUCCCAUACAAUCAGUCGAAAAUAAACUGAACCUGAGGAUUCUCCAAGACUUCAGUGGCAGCAACAGCUCCCUGGAGAAAGGAUUUCGCUUGACAGAAGCUGUACCACAAACAGGUGGCAGGAAUACCACUUCUCUCAACAGCCACAGCCUCAACAAGCAAGAAGUGGAUGAAAAACCAACAUGGACAGGGAGAUCCAAACUGGUUGCCCUUUUUGAACAUCCUCUCUAUAAUGUUCCAAGCCCCAAGAUUACAAAGAGAGACAAGCUGUUUGUUUCCAAACCCAAGAUGAAGCUCUUCGUGAAAAGUAGCGGGAGUGAUGAACGGAUCAGCAGUGGGAAGGCAGAUGCAAUUCUUCCAAAACAUGAUCCCAACCCUGCUUGGCUCCGGUUUUAUGCUGGCAUCAAUCGCUACGAAUUGUACCCCCGCCAUGAUCCCACUCGCCAGGCCUUGAUGGAGGAUUUGGCCACACAAAAAAUUCUCAGCUCAGUUCAGAAGCCUGGAGGGACACAAUUAAAGCUGAUCAUGACCUUCCCCAAUCAUGGGCAAGCCCUCUUCAAACCCAUGAAGCAAACCCGAGACCAGGAGACACCAGCAGAUUUCUUUUACUUCUCAGAUUUUGAGCGACACAAUGCAGAAAUAGCAGCCUUUCACUUGGACAGGAUCCUGGAUUUCCGAAGAAUUCCCCCAGUUUCUGGCCGUUUGGUGAAUAUAACCAAGGAAAUUCGUGACAUCACAACUGACAAGAAACUAUUUAAGACUUUCUACAUCUCCCCAGCUGGCAAUGUCUGCUUCUUUGGCGAAUGUUCCUACUAUUGUUCCACUGAGCAUGCUUUGUGUGGAAAGCCUGACCAGCUGGAAGGCUCUAUGGCAGCCCUUUUGCCUGACAAAGCACUGGCUGAACGGCACUCGUGGAGAAGUCCCUGGAGGCGUUCUUACUCCAAAACCAAAAAAGCUGAGUGGGAGCUGAAUGAAAAUUACUGCACUGAAGUACGACAGACACCACCAUACGACAAAACGUCCCGUCUUCUGAACCUCAUUGACAUGACUGUGCUUGACUUCCUUAUGGGAAACAUGGAUCGUCACCAUUAUGAGACCUUUGAAAAGUUUGGCAACAACACCUUUUUUCUUCAUCUGGACAAUGGUCGAGGGUUUGGGAGACACUCUCAUGAUGAAAUGUCCAUUCUGGCUCCUCUUCGGCAGUGCUGCAUUAUUAAAAAAUCAACAUUCCUGCGGCUGCAACUGCUUGCUACAGAGCCAUAUCGGCUGAGCGAUGUUAUGCGUGAAUCAUUAGCCAUGGAUGGCUUAUCUCCAGUUUUGUCAGAGCCUCACUUGGAGGCUCUAGAUCGACGUCUCAGAAAGGUACUAGCUAUGGUGUGGAACUGCAUGAAGAACGGAGACCAUGAAGAACCAGUACUGAUAAAUGAUCUAAAAGGAGAGACCUUGGAGCAACACGAAGCAUGAACUGAAGAAGAAUGAAGAGGCCUGGCACCCAGCCCUUGAUGUCAUACCCCUUAAUAUGCCCUCUGUACCCAAGACUUGCAACAGGAAAGACACUAAUUGCAGCUGUGUGAACCUACAUUGGUCAGGAAGCCACUCUAUAAUAAGCAAGCUUAUAUUUAUUGGGAAGAAUAGAAAGGUUCUGCUUUAUAUGCAGAAUCAACUAUGUAAAUAUCUUACAAGUAAUAAAGUGAAGCAUGGAAGCAAAUCUUGGACCAUUUAAGCUGCUGGAUAGCCCAGAGUCUUUUACUGGAGUAGACUUGGAUGCAUGAUGUGCAAGAAGUAGUCAGGAAUGGAAGGAUGGCCUCAUGGCUAGAGAGAUAACCCAGGAGAGAUUGCUUUCCACUUUGAAGAAAUAUUCCUUGGUGAUGGCUACAGUUCCUUCCAUCCCAUUACUUCUGUGAGCAGUUAUUCAUUCAAGACUCUCCUGUACUCACUCCUCUUGCUAUUUAUUUUGAGGCAUUCCUUAGGGUCGUGUGUGAAACUGUGAUUUCUCCCCAUUUUAAGAAGCUGGCUUCUACCAGACCAGAGAAUAUUUGUAAUUCUUGCCCAGUAUUGCCUGUAGUAGCGGCUCUCUGAUGUAAAUCUGCUACCUCUUUUUUUUUCCUGCAGUACCAGAGAGUGUACCUUCUGCAUACAAGGUACAUGCUCUACUACUGAGCCUAUGGUCUCUUCCACUCAUUUUGCUUCAUUAUUCAGCAUUCCAACAGUGAUCAGUUAGAGGCAUAUAAGAUGCAUCCCUGAGCAGGGGAAUAUGUGAUCCUCCAGUUGUUGUUGGACCUCAUUACUGUCAGCCCCUGCCUAUCCAGUGGUGGAGAAUGAUGGGAAUCAUAUUUGUCAACACCAGGAAGGCCACAGUUUGCCCAUUCCUGAUAUAGAGCAUUGUAUGUGACAACAAUGUUUUCAUUGUGGGUAUGCAGGUGUGCCUUCCCAGCAUGUGUACAUCCAGUGGGAAGUCUUGUGUAUCCUGUUGCCACGUGUAAUGAUCCUACAUGUGGCUACCCGUUAGCAGAGUUUGAAAAGUUCAUUUUUAGGGUGCUACUACAGUACUAGAAUGCCCUAGCCAUCAUGGUUAAUAAUCAUGCUAGCUAGGCAAUUCUAGUAGUUGCAGUCAGAGAAAAUACUUUUUCUGGGGUUUUUCUUCUUCUUCUUCUUUCAUUAAUAUCUGUGCCUUCUGGUAUAGAAUGUUGUAAUAUAUAAAACUACUGUUAAUGUGGAAUAUAUCAGCAUCCAUAUCAGCAUAUCAGGUUGGUCUGAUCAUUGGCAGCACAGGAAACCACCUGGGGACCUCAUGCAUAAUGCUUUUAGUUUUUGAGGGGAAAAGUGAAAUAUAAUUGGUUUUAAAUAAAUUAAUUAUGAAGGAUUUUAGUAAGGUUUAGACUAGUGAAGUAAGUAGCCAAGACCAUAUUGUCUAGUACAUAUGUCAGAGAGCUGGUGUUAUGGUUUUAAAUACUGAUCUUUGCCAAUUUAUCUGAUGUUCCUUUCAUUAUUUUCUCCAAAUAAAGAUUGAAGCUCUCUAA